AAAGCUACAGACAGCGCACUCGAUAAACCCAGCUAUCAACCACCGACUUUUUGUCCAGGAAAGAAGUAAUACACUUUGGAGUAAUAAACUUUGAAAUAAUAAACUUUGGAGUAAUAACCUUUGAGCUUGAUGGAUAUGUCAGUGUUUUUGCUGUGUCUUUUUGCUAUUGGACUUAAAGAGCAUUUCAUGGUGACAAUGGCAGACCAAUCUUUCUUUGCCCGUGAGGGUGAGGAUGUCAUACUGAACUGCUCUGUAGAUUCACAUGUACCAGUCAGUGAGAUAGAAGAAGUGACCUGGAAAAGGACAGUCAGAGACCAAGACAUCAUUGUCCUGCUUUAUCAAGACAGUGAGAUCUUCCCAGAUGCCUCACAUGAACUUUACCGAGGAAGAGUUGAUUUAUUUUCUUCUGAAAUCCAUAAAGGAAACUUCUCAUUGAAGCUGAUGGAUGUACAGAAGGAGGAUAAAGGAGAGUAUGUUUGUGAGGUGCAUACUAGGAACGUGUCAGCACAUACCAUUGUGGUUCUGCAAAGUGUAGGUCUCCCUGCAGUCUUUAUAGUCAUUUUGGUCUUUUGUUUAAUUGCACUGUUGGUGCCAGUCGGAUUUUGUGGUCCUGUUUUUAACCUUCUUAGAAAAAAAGAUACUACCCAAAAGGCCAUGAAAAUUCACAUGUCUCUGAUCCUCUGUCCAAACAUUUGCAUGUUCAUUGCUUUCUGUUUGUGGUCGACAGAAGGCUUUCUGUCUGAGGUUAUCACUUGUUCAACUGUCAGUAUCAUGAGACCCCUCAUCCUUAUGAAAACCUCUUCCUAUCUUGAAAGGUUACCACAAUUCUUACAAAAAGCAGUGAUGGUGUUGACCUUUCCACUUUACCAGUCAAGUUUAGCACUGGGAGCAUGCUUAUUUUUUUUUGGUACACGGAUACAGACGAAAGCAAUGCCAUUUGAUGCAGCACUAACAGUCUUAGGAGUGGUUUUCAUUAUCAUAGCUGUUGUGUUGGCUAUUUAUGGCCUCCAGGUAUAUCUGAUCGUGUGUCUAGAAGCAAUUAAUUCUGUACUGCUUGCACUCAUUGUCAGGAGCACGGGUAGCCCUUUUGGCCUUGAAUAUGAGAUGUUACUACCAUGUCUAAUCGUGGGGAUAAUGAUAGUUCUCUCUCUACAAAGGCACUUCUUUCUAGGAAAGCCUUUUAAAUGUGUGGAUAUCACUGUGUCAUCCAUAGUUAUGACUAUAUUUAGCCUCUAUGGAAUUAGUUUGUAUAUACUCCUUUCUGUUGCAUUAAAGGAUUUCCGUAGAUGUUGGACAUUUUUAUUUGAGAUUGUAAUAUUUCUACUUGUGUGGUCAGGAAUGAUUUAUCUAUUACGCUGUCACAGAGGGCAAAAACAAGGAUGCUGUCAUCAGUGGAAAAAAAUAGGAUAUUUAUGCUGCAUUGUCAUUGUUGCAGUUCUAAUCACUAUACAUGGCGCAUUGUGCUUUUUUUGUCUAUACCUCAUUAUAGAUGUUAAAGAUCGUGUUGGAUCUUUGGCUCUGACACCACUGCUCCAUGUUUUGGUAGCAACAUGCUUCUGUAAACAUCCUAAAGUUUCACCUGAUUUCCUGCAUAUUGUGAUCUACAUGUUUGGAGCUGUAGGUCUCAGUAUUGUUAAUGCGAUUGCUCUUGCCACUGAACUGAUCCUAAAAGAAGAGGGAGGAGCACAAAAUACAGAUCUACGUCUGAUUGUUCUACCAUUUGAAAUAGUGUUUUUGUUUGCUUGGCUCACUUUACAAGUCUACAAUGCCUGGACAGGAUUCAAAGACAGAGCAAAAAAUGAAUUUGGAAGAAGAUCAGAACCAGAGGUUGCUGAGAUGUCAGAGAUGCAAAUUCUCUCAGACCCUAACCCUGACUGAUCUGAUGUGAUUAGGAAAACAUUCACCUUAAUAUUUUCCCAAAAGUAGUUUUAUUCUUGUCUUGUACAAAGUUUUGUUGUUAUACAGAAGAACUACAUUAUGCAUUAUGUUAUCUUGUAUCUCAGAACUAUUACAAUAAAUGCAUACAGUACAUGCAUAAUAUUUAAUGUUCACAGUUCUGUAAGGAAUUAUGGUGCUUUCUUUAAUAUUUUAAUUCAACUUAGUCCUAAAAGAGAUAAUUCUUACUUGCACUACAAGAAAGCUGAUGUUAUUGAUCAUACAUUUUGGCAAUUAUUUUUUUUAUAAAGAAUAUUGCUGUUUGUCAUUACCAGCUAUUUCUU